AUGGAGUCAGCUCCGGCAGCCCCCGACCCCGCCGCCAGCGAGCCGGGCAGCAGCGGCUCGGAGGCGGCCGCCAGCUCCAGGGAGACCCCGCUGACCCAGGACGCGGGCCGCAAGAGCGAGGCGCCGGGCGCGGGUCGCAGGCAGAGCUACGCGAGCUCCAGCCGAGGUGACUUUCCACUCUCUGAGCACAGACAUGUCUCACCGAAGUGCAGGAAUGAGAACCCACAAGCUAAAGUAUGUUUCACUAGGUGAGGUGUUUUGGUGGGUGAGAAAAGAAUGGUGAAAUGUGAGAGGGAAUCGUGUGAAAAGAGGUUCAGAUGCCCAUUUGGGACUGGGAAUUGGGGGCUGGGGAUGAAGGCAGGGACAGAGACGCUGUGUGCCAAAGACAAGGAAGUCGGCAUCAACUCUGAAAUUUUAAAUUAUCUUUAACAAGGACAAUGAAAAGAGGCACGUUGACACUUUGAGAAGUUAUGACGAACUUGCCGAGAAUGCCAAUUGAAACAAGGCAGGUAUGGGAAUACUCAGAAAAACAGACAGCGAGAGCCGGUCUGAAGGGCAGAGAGAUCGGCUUCCUGGUGCGUUGAGGGAAUUGGUGGGUGUGCUUAUUGACUCUUCCAAUUAGUUUUAGAGAAA